UUGAAACAAGAAGUUAGGUUGCCUGGCGCAAAUACACAAGAAGAAGACGAAGAAGACGAAGAAGACGAUGGCGUGGUUUAGAAUAGACAGUACUCUGUUAAUAUUGUGCUGUUUGUAAAUAUGUUAUUGAGGUCGGAAGCAUGUCGAAGCCUUCUGAAAUAAACAUGACAGAUAAGCGCAGUGUAGGGAGCCUGUGGUCCGCUGCUGACGUCUGGAUCAAGAAACCACAUGUAGUAAACAAGAGACUGUGUGGUGUGACAGAGACAGAGUACAGGGACGUGGACACUGCGGAAUUAAAACAGGUUUUAUCUUGUCUUCUGGGGACCAAUAUUGAGAUGACUGAUAUUUAUGUGUUUCUUCAUGCUGAUGUUGUGGUUGAGGACCAUGAAAUUGCAGGACGCUGGUGUGUUGGAGUAAGAACUAUUAUUCCCAAAGUGAAUAAAACCGGAGACUGUCGGUAUAAAGAUGUUGUCAUUAAAGAUAUGGUUGGAAACGCAGUGACAUUUAUCCCUUUUGAAGUGAAUGGUGUGGGACAGGUUACUCUCAAGAGCAGUAAUAUUUAUCAAAUCCAAUUGCAGUUAAAGCCAGAUGAAUGGAAGUUGUCUAUUCAUGCUUUGAGGCCUGAACAGUGGUACAGUGAUGGAGUAGCUUACCCUAAACUCUCCUGGCUCCAUUCAGAACUUCUACCUAAACUAUCACGGUGGGCUCUGGAGAGCAAGGCCAGUGAGUUUAAGAGCACCCUGUCCCUCAUACCUGUAGAGAAAUACGGUAUUCUCUACCAGCAGCUGAAAGAAAAGUACAAAGCAUUAGUAAAGGUCUGGCCUGAAGUUACUGAUCCAGAGAAGUUUGUGUUUGAAGAUGUUGCCAUUGCUACCUAUUUGUUGGUCUUGUGGGGUGAAGAGCGUGCUGAAAACGGAACAACAACCAAACAGUCCUUUGUGGAUCUCGGCUGUGGAAAUGGCCUCCUGGUUCACAUUUUAAACAACGAAGGGCAUCCUGGAAAAGGCACUGACAUUCGCAAAAGGAAGAUCUGGGACAUGUAUGGGCCUGGUACUCAUCUAGAGCAGGAGAAUCCAGACCACAGGCGCGUCUCACGCUCUCCUGCGGUGCCGCUGCGCAAGGGUGUGAGCACCAAAUAUGACAUCCAGACUUUUGUCAAACGAUCGUCACACGAGACUGGUGCACACCCACAUUAA